AUGGCAGGGGCCUCUGUGAAGGUGGCGGUGCGUGUCCGCCCCUUCAACUCAAGGGAGAUUGGAAAAGAUAGCAAGUGCAUCAUUCAGAUGUCUGGAAACACCACCACCAUCGUCAACCCCAAGCAGGCCAAAGACACCAAGAGCUUCAACUUUGAUUACUCCUACUGGUCCCACACCUCGCCAGAGGACAUCAAUUAUGCCACUCAGCUGGAAGUGUACAAAGACAUCGGAGAGGAAAUGUUGCUGCACGCCUUCGAGGGAUACAACGUCUGCAUCUUUGCUUAUGGCCAGACGGGCUCUGGCAAGUCCUACACCAUGAUGGGGAAACAGGAUGUCAAGGACCAACAAGGGAUCAUUCCUCUGCUGUGUGAAGAUCUUUUCACUAAGUUCAAUGACAAUGCAGGCAACAGCAUGUCUUAUUCUGUGGAGGUAAGCUACAUGGAGAUCUACUGUGAACGUGUGCGGGAUUUACUGAACCCCAAGAACAAAGGGAACCUGCGCGUUCGAGAACAUCCUCUGAUGGGACCUUAUGUGGAGGACCUGUCUAAGCUGGCUGUCACCUCCUACAACGACAUCCAAGACCUGAUGGACUCUGGCAACAAGGCCAGGACGGUGGCCGCCACCAACAUGAAUGAGACGAGCAGCCGCUCGCACGCCGUCUUCAACAUCAUAUUCACUCAGAAACGCCACAAUGCCGAUACUGAAAACACCUCUGAAAAGGUCAGCAAGAUAAGUUUGGUGGAUUUGGCUGGCAGCGAGAGAGCAGACUCUACUGGAGCCACAGGAACCAGGCUUAAGGAAGGAGCAAAUAUCAACAAAUCUCUAACUACACUGGGGAAAGUCAUCUCUGCUCUGGCAGAAGUGGACUCUGGGUUGAAUAAGAAUAAAAAGAAGAAGAAGGUGGAAAACCAUAUCCCCUACAGAGAUUCGGUUUUGACCUGGUUACUGAGAGAAAAUUUGGGCGGGAACUCUCGUACUACGAUGGUCGCUGCCCUGAGUCCAGCUGACAUCAACUACGAGGAGACCCUCAGCACACUCAGAUACGCAGACCGCGCCAAACAGAUCCGCUGCAACGCCGUGAUCAACGAGGAUCCCAGCAACCGGUUGGUGCGUGAGCUGAAGGAGGAGGUGUCUCGUCUGAAAGACCUCCUCUGCGCCCAGGGCCUGGGUGACAUCAUUGACAUGACUAAUACCAUGACGGGGAUGAGUCCCUCUCCGUCUCUCUCAGCCUUGACCAGCCGCGCCGGAUCCAUUGCCAGUCUUCAUGACCGCAUCAGGUUCAGCCCGGGCAGCGAGGAGGCCAUCGAGAGGCUGAAGGAAACAGAGAAAAUCAUUGCUGAACUCAAUGAGACUUGGGAGGAGAAACUUCGCCGAACGGAAGCCAUUAGAAUGGAAAGAGAGGCCUUGCUGGCAGAAAUGGGUGUAGCAAUUCGAGAAGAUGGCGGCACAGUUGGUGUCUUCUCUCCCAAGAAGACACCUCAUCUGGUGAAUCUCAACGAGGAUCCUCUGAUGUCUGAGUGUCUGCUCUACUACAUUAAAGACGGGAUGACCAGGGUCGGUCGUGUAGACGCCAGCAGUCGUCAGGAUAUAGUCCUCAGCGGCCACUUCAUUAAAGACGAGCACUGCACCUUCACCAGUUCGACUGGGCCAACAAGAGAAAUUGUUGUCCUGGAGCCGUGUGAAGGAGCUGAGACUUAUGUCAAUGGAAAGAGAAUGACCGAGCCCACUGUCCUCAAAUCAGGAAAUCGCAUCAUCCUGGGGAAGAGCCACGUGUUCCGGUUCAACCACCCUGUGCAGGCCCGGGCCGAGAGGGAGAGGACGCCAUGUGCAGAAACCCCCGUUGAGCCUGUGGACUGGGCUUUCGCCCAGAGGGAGCUACUGGACAAACAGGGCAUCGACAUGAAACAGGAAAUGGAGCAAAGACUGCAGGAGUUGGAGGACCAGUAUCGCAAAGAAAGAGAGGAAGCCAACAACCUUCUGGAGCAGCAAAGACUGGAUUAUGAGAGCAAGCUAGAGGCUCUUCAGAAGCAAGUGGACAGUUACUACCCAGAAACCCUUGAAGAAGAGGAAGAGGAAGAGCCAGAGGAGGAAGUGCAAUGGACAGAGAGGGAAGGAGAGCUGGCUUUGUGGAGCUUUCGUAAGUGGCGGUGCUACCAGUUCACCUCACUCCGUGACCUGUUAUGGGGCAAUGCCAUCUUCCUGAAGGAGGCCAAUGCCAUCAGCGUGGAGCUCAAAAAGAAGGUUCAGUUCCAGUUUGUGCUGCUCACAGACACACUCUACUCCCCGCUGCCUCCAGACUUGUUGCCCCCAGAGGCGACCAAUGACAGAGAGAAGCGACAGUUCCCACGCACCAUUGUGGCAGUGGAGGUGCAGGAUCAGAAGAAUGGAGCCACCCACUAUUGGACAUUACAAAAACUAAGGCAGAGGCUGGAUCUCAUGAGAGAGAUGUACGAUCGCGCUGCUGAUGUGCCCAACAAUACCGCUGAAGACGGGGAAAACGUGAUGACCGGAAGGGACCCCUUUUAUGACCGCUUCCCUUGGUUCCGUCUGGUUGGCAGAAACCCCGUUUUCAACACAUGCAUGAGCAAGCGCAUGAGUGACCCCACCCCGUCCGCGACCCUCUCCAACUCUGAAAUUACUGAGCUGGCUGACCCGCAGCGGGAGGGUCGAGGGGAGGAGUUGGAGGACCUGGACGAUGAUAUCUUUUUGGACGACCCGUGCUCGGAGCUCGGGGGAGAGGAGGAGGAGGAGGAGGAUGAUGAUGAUGAUGAUGAUGAUGAUGAGGGAGAGCUCUGCCGAGGCUCCGGCGAAGGCCAGGAUCCCUUUUACGACCGCUCACCAUUAUUCAGUGUAGUGGGAAGGGCUUUUGUUUAUCUGAGUAACCUGCUGUACCCGGUUUCUCUCGUCCACCGCGUGGCCAUCGUCAGCGAGAGGGGCGAAGUGAAGGGCUUCCUCCGGGUGGCGGUGCAAGCCAUAUCAGCCGACGAGGAAGCUCCCGACUAUGGCUCGGGAGUGCGGCAGUCGGGCACUGCCAAAAUCUCCUUUGAGGAUCAGCAAUAUGAAAUGUUCCAGUCCGAGACCUGCUCCGUAGGACUGUCCCGCACAGGGGUUUCACAGGAGGAGCUUCGUUUCGUGGAGGGAGAGGGGCAGAAUGCAGAAGUGGGGCCCUCAGCUGAUGAGGUCAACAAUAACACAUGUGCGGCUGGUGUAGAUGAGCUGGAGAGUCCGCAGAAGAGUCAGGACGGCCUGCUUGAGACAACCCUUGAGCACCUGAGGAUCGGCGACGUCUUCACCUUCAGGGUGACCGUCCUGCAAGCCUCCAGCAUCUCUGCAGAAUAUGCCGACAUCUUUUGCCAGUUCAACUUCAUCCACCGCCACGAUGAGGCCUUCUCCACCGAACCCCUAAAAAACACCGGCCGCGGCCCCCCUCUGGGCUUCUACCACGUGCAGAAUAUUGCUGUUGAGGUCACUAAAUCCUUCGUUGACUACAUCAAGACUCAGCCAAUAGUGUUUGAGGUGUUUGGACACUACCAGAAACAGCCUUUUCUUCCACUCUGUAAAGACGUCAUCAGUCCGCUACGUCCCUGCAGAAGACAGUUUCCACGAGUGAUGCCCCUGUCCAAACCAGUACCUGCCACCAAGCUGACAGCUAUGACUCGCCCUCAGGCAGGACCCUGCCACUGCAAAUAUGAUCUCAUGGUGUUCUUUGAGAUAUGUGAGCUGGAGGCCAAUGGAGACUACAUCCCUACAGUGGUGGACCACAGAGGAGGAAUGCCUUGUCAUGGCACAUUCCUGCUGCACCAGGGCCUCCAGAGGAGAAUCACCGUCACCAUUGUACACGAGUCAGGGGGUGACAUGGAGUGGAAGGAUAUCCGUGAGCUGGUUGUGGGUCGACUCCGCAACACCCCCGAAGCUGAUGAAACCAUCAUUGACCCUAAUAUUCUCUCUCUCAACAUCUUGUCUGCUAGUUACGUCAGACCCAUGAGGGAUGACCGACAGUUUCUUGAUUCGGACAUGCCUAGGACUUUCUACCGCUUCGAGGCCGCCUGGGACAGCUCCAUGCACAACUCGCUGCUACUAAACCGAGUCACUCCUUACGGGGAGAAGAUCUACAUGACCCUCUCGGCCUACUUGGAGAUGGAGAACUGCACCCAGCCCGCAAUCAUAACAAAAGAUAUCUGCAUGGUGUUUUACUCUCGAGACACAAAGCUCUCGGCCACGCGCUCUAUCCGCAACCUUUUUGGAACUGGAAGCCUGAGAGCGGCAGAUGGAAACCGUGUAACUGGAGUUUAUGAGGUCAGCCUGUGUAACCUGGCAGAUGCAGGAAGCCCAGGUAUGCAGAGGAGACGAAGGCGAGUGCUGGACACCUCCGUGGCCUACGUCCGUGGGGAGGAGAACCUGGCCGGGUGGAGGCCCCGUAGUGACAGCCUCAUUCUGGACCAUCAGUGGGAGCUGGAGAAACUCAGCCUCCUCCAAGAUGUGGAGAAGACCAAACAUUACCUGCUCCUGAGGGAGAAGCUGGAGUCGACCAUGCUUAUGGGCCAGGAGGCGCUGCAGUCCUGCAUCACCGAGGAGCUCAGCGAGUCUCACCAGCCCCCCGAGGUCGAGCAGGAGGUCAGCUCCAGCUCUGAAAUCACCACUGAGCGACAGAGGGAGCUCGCUGCAAAGUGUUUGCGCCUGCUGACUCACUCCUUCAACCGAGAAUACAGCCACGUGUGCAUCAGCGCCAGUGAGAGCAAGAUUUCGGAGAUGUCCGUCACAAUGCUAAGAGACUCCGUUUCGAUCUCCGCUCUCAACACAAUCACUCCCUCGUCAACAUGCCCUUCGCUGGUUGAGGGUUGCUAUGGGGACGCUGAACUCAGACCCCCGAUGCCUCGCUCUCGUGCUGUCAGCCCCAGUCCUGACGCGCAGCAGGACCCAGAGGCCAAGAAGUCCAUCAACGGGGCCUCUGAAACCAAACCACGCAUCCGCAGAUUUUUCCCUGACAUCCAGGAGAUUAGAGUGAGCCCCAUUGUGUCAAAGAAGGGUUACUUGCAUUUCUUGGAGCCACACACCAACGGGUGGGUGAAGCGCUACGUCGUCGUGCGGCGGCCGUACGUCUACAUCUACAACGCGGAGAGAGACUCGGUGGAGCGGGCCAUCCUCAACCUCUCCUCUGCCCAGGUGGAGUACAGUGAGGACCAGCAGGCAAUGCUGAAGACGCCGUACACAUUUGCCAUCUGUACCGAACAUCGCGGGAUAUUGCUACAAGCCACUAAUGACAAGGAGAUGCACGACUGGCUGUAUGCGUUUAAUCCCCUCCUUGCUGGAACUAUCAGGUCGAAGCUGUCGAGAAGACGAGCCGGACAGAUGAGGAUGUGAAACGACUCAAAUCUCAUGAGAGAAGGCUGAACUUGAGAUGUACAUAGAUCCUUAUUCCUCCCCUUGUGAUGAGCCCCCUCUCCCCUCCCCCACCACAACCAUCUCUCCCCUGUGCGUUCUCGGUUUAUCACUAGUGUCCUCAGCACCUGAAGCGCCCAUUUCAUGUCAGGCCUUUGCUGCGUCGUGAGACUCGUAGGCAGAAGAACCUCUUCAAAAAGCUGGCGCUGUACUGUACCGGAGUUUAUUCAUAGCUGGACGGUCGGAGACAAACGACGGACAUAGCAACAGUUUCUUAUCUCAGAUCACAUACGUAUGGUAAUGUACUGUAGUUGUUGUCAGUGACACAUCGAGCCUUAUACAUUUACUCCUUAAAAACAAUGCAGUGACAUCUAUUUUUACGUAAAGCUGCCACGUCAGCAAGGAUCUCAUUGCUCCAUUUGCAUCAGCAAAAGAAAUCAUGCCGAUGCCUCUCAACUCUGCAGCUAUAUACACAGUGUCUAAACUGGUUUGCAGACAGCGUACAGCUAGAAAGUACAUGCUAAAAAAGAAGAAGAAAAAAAGACAGUUGAGUGUAACUCUGUAGAAUAAUGAUCUUUUCUUUCUGGUACUUGAAUCUUUAAAACUUCUUAGAAACGUUAGCACACAGCCUGGCAAGGGAAUGGCAUAACAUCAUCGUUCUUGUGGCAUUUUGAUUGGUCCAUGUCGUUCCAGCUACUCGUAGGAGCACCAAGGGCAUCUCCGUUCACACAAUAAGUAACACACGUCAUCACCAUUAAUCCGCCCAAGUUGAUCUCAUUCUCUGAAUUGUAUUUGUUUUAAAAUGUGAUAUAUUUAGAUAUUUAACAGCUUUAUUAUUUAUUUCUGCAUGUAUUUAUUUACAAAGACAUUUAUAUUUCUAAAGUAGUAGUACCGUGCAAUUUCGGCACACCGCACUUUUUAAUAUGAGUUCCUUAAAUGUUAUAAGUAAAACAACUAUGUAUCCAUUCAGUUAAUGCUAUUUAAACAGUUUAUGAUUGGCCUCUUUCUUUGUGCUGAAGAUUACUUGAAUGACACUAACCCCCUUCGGAUAGCCCCACCUGACCUUUGACCAAACGGUCAAUACACAUCUGAAAAGGUCACCAAGUUGUGAGGAGGAAAAUAUUACGAUGGUCUGACCAUCUCAGCUGCACAAAGCUGCCGUGUGAAAUGAUCUAAAGUAUAAACUGUUCCUCACAGAACUGGAACUGGGUUUCUGAAUGAUGUGUAUUGAUUAAAUGUAGUGCCUCUCUUUUUUCAAUCAUACUGUACAGUAAGCCUCCGCACCCCUUACUCAAACUACAUACUUCAUGCUGCUAUAUUACUGUUCUGGAAGUGUCUGCAGAUCAUAUCACACCACUUUCCUGCUCUUCAUCCUCAUCAUCACUUACAUAUUCAAACAAACAAAGGUAUACUUUAUGUCCAUGAGAUGUAUCUAAUAUGGCAAUCAGCAGUAGAUAGAGUAUAACUGUCCAUACAGUAAAAACUAAUUUAACAUAUUUCAGGAUUGUGUUCAACAAUCAUGUUUUGAAUAGGAGAAAACAAAUAAUGCACUCCUGUUGAAAUUUUUUUUUAAUCCCUUCAUCUCAUUGUUUCUGAAAAGUAAGACAAUGCAUUUUCAAUUAUGAAUCCGACUUCAAAAUAAAGUGACGGCUUGUGA